GGUAGUCUACUCAAAUGUACGUCAGCCUUCAGUACUUGAAGAAAGCAUUCCAACUUGGAGCUGUAAGGGGAGACAGGAUCAUACUAUUCCAUUGGUGGAUACGGCUCCCUUGUGAUUUUUUUCUCCUUUCUGUCCCCGUGUGAGUUAAUGGCUCCUCCUGCUAAAGAGAGAGACGGAGCCCGUCCAGAGGAGCAAAGGGGGGAGCUGUCCGAAAAACACAAAUAACACCCCGAAAAAGAUCUGAUCACUAUCGCAAUAGUCUUUAUGAUUCUCAAAAAAAGACAACGGAUUUGGAUCUAGGGGUCCAAAAAGCAGGAACGAACGUUGGAGCAAAACAUUCUAUUUUUUAAAUUACCAACUCACCAAAUGAACUCCGUCAGGGCAACCAACAGAAGACCCAGGCGAGUAUCGAGGCCGCGCCCGGUGCAGCCGGAACGGAACAACGGUGAAAGAGAUGAGGACGUGCCUGCAGAUAUGGUCGCAGAAGAAUCCGGUCCAGGAGCUCAGAACAGUCCGUAUCAACUCCGCAGAAAGUCCUUAUUGCCCAAGAGAUCAGCGUGUCCCACGAAGAGCAGUAUGGAGGGUGCCUCCACAUCCACGACAGAAACGUUCGGCCACAGAGCGAAGCGAGCUCGUGUGUCUGGGAAGUCCCAGGACCUACCUGCGGCCCCAGCAGAACAGUACCUCCAGGAGAAGCUGCCAGAUGAGGUGGUCCUGAAGAUAUUCUCCUACCUGCUGGAACAGGACCUGUGCCAGGCGGCAUGUGUGUGCAAACGGUUCAGCGAGCUUGCCAAUGACCCCAUCCUUUGGAAGAGGCUUUACAUGGAGGUGUUUGAGUACACGCGUCCCAUGAUGCAUCCGGAGCCAGGGAAGUUUUACCAAAUCAACCCUGAAGAAUACGAGCAGCCCAACCCCUGGAAGGAGAGCUUUCAGCAGCUGUACAAGGGUGCACAUGUGAAGCCGGGCUUUGCGGAGCACUUCUACAGCAAUCCCGCCAGGUACAAAGGGAGAGAAAAUAUGUUGUAUUAUGACACCAUUGAGGAUGCGCUGGGUGGAGUCCAGGAGGCGCACUUUGACGGCCUCAUCUUCGUGCACUCGGGCAUCUACACAGAUGAGUGGAUCUACAUAGAGUCCCCCAUAACCAUGAUCGGAGCAGCUCCAGGUAAAGUAGCUGAUAAAGUAGUGAUCGAGAACACCAGGGAUUCCACCUUUGUGUUCAUGGAGGGGUCAGAAGAUGCUUAUGUUGGCUACAUGACCAUCAAGUUUAAUCCAGACGAUAAGUCAGCCCAGCACCAUAACGCCCACCACUGCCUGGAGAUCACGGUCAACUGCAGUCCCAACAUUGACCACUGUAUCAUUCGCAGCACCUGUACAGUUGGCUCAGCGGUAUGUGUCAGUGGCCAGGGGGCAUGCCCCACCAUUAAACAUUGCAACAUCAGUGACUGUGAGAACGUAGGCCUAUACAUCACAGACCAUGCACAGGGCAUAUAUGAAGACAAUGAGAUCUCCAACAAUGCCCUUGCUGGUAUCUGGGUGAAAAACCAUGGGAACCCAAUCAUCAGGCGGAAUCACAUUCAUCAUGGUCGGGAUGUAGGCGUCUUCACAUUUGACCAUGGCAUGGGCUACUUUGAGAGCUGCAACAUCCACAGGAAUCGUAUUGCUGGCUUUGAAGUGAAGGCCUACGCUAAUCCCACCGUGGUGCGCUGUGAGAUCCACCACGGCCAGACGGGCGGCAUUUACGUGCACGAGAAGGGCCGGGGCCAGUUCAUCGAGAACAAGAUCUAUGCCAACAACUUUGCUGGCGUUUGGAUAACGUCCAACAGCGACCCCACCAUCAGGGGGAAUUCCAUCUACAACGGGAACCAAGGAGGCGUGUACAUAUUUGGUGAUGGGAGAGGCCUCAUCGAGAUGAAUGACAUCUAUGGCAAUGCACUAGCAGGCAUCCAGAUCCGAACCAAUAGCUGCCCCAUCGUCAGGCACAACAAAAUCCACGACGGCCAACAUGGAGGCAUAUACGUGCAUGAGAAGGGCCAGGGCGUGAUUGAGGAGAACGAGGUGUACAGUAACACGCUUGCCGGAGUGUGGGUGACCACGGGGAGCACGCCAGUCCUCCGCAGGAAUAGGAUACACAGCGGCAAACAGGUCGGUGUGUACUUCUAUGACAAUGGCCAUGGAGUGCUGGAGGAUAAUGACAUCUAUAACCACAUGUACUCUGGAGUGCAGAUCAGGACUGGCAGUAACCCUAAAAUUAGGCGCAACAAGAUCUGGGGUGGGCAGAACGGUGGCAUCCUUGUCUACAAUUCUGGCCUGGGAUUCAUCGAGGACAAUGAGAUCUUUGACAACGCUAUGGCUGGGGUCUGGAUCAAGACGGAUAGCAAUCCUACACUGCGCAGAAACAAGAUCCAUGAUGGCCGAGACGGCGGGAUCUGCAUUUUCAAUGGUGGAAGGGGCUUGCUGGAGGAGAAUGACAUCUUCCGGAACGCACAGGCUGGCGUUCUGAUCAGCACCAACAGCCACCCUGUCCUGCGCAAGAACCGCAUCUUCGACGGCUUUGCUGCAGGCAUCGAAAUAACAAACCAUGCUACCGCCACCUUGGAGGGUAAUCAGAUCUUCAACAACCGCUUUGGCGGUCUGUUUCUUGCAUCCGGUGUCAAUGUCACCAUGAAAGAUAAUAAAAUAAUGAACAAUCAGGAUGCUAUAGAGAAGGCAGUGAGCCGAGGCCAGUGCCUGUACAAGAUCUCCAGUUACACCAGCUACCCCAUGCACGACUUCUACAGGUGUCACACUUGUAAUACGACGGACAGAAAUGCUAUCUGUGUGAACUGCAUUAAGAAGUGUCACCAAGGACACGACGUAGAGUUUAUACGGCACGAUAGGUUUUUCUGUGACUGCGGUGCGGGAACGCUGUCCAAUCCGUGCACGCUGGCGGGAGAGCCCACGCACGACACAGACACUCUGUACGACUCCGCGCCCCCUAUUGAGUCAAACACGUUACAGCACAACUGAGCCCUGUCCCCCCCCCCCCAUUCCCCUGUUGGUCCCUCCUCGGCCUGGCCGACACCCGGCUGCCCUCUGGACAUGAGCUUCUGCUGCCCUGCACCCAGAAGGACUCUGUAAUGACUGUCACACGGGAGGGUGGGGGGGCGGGGGGUGGGGCUGGGGGACCCUAACGAGAGCUGUAGGAAGGAGCCAGAAUACGGGGGAAGCUGUGCCCUCGAUGUCCCAGCGCUGGUGGAAGAGACCACACCAGUGCUCACUGCAAGGCGCAUUGGACGUCCAGAGAUUUGCCUGACCUUUCAGCUCAGCUCCAUAAAGUGGCCUUUGGAACAAACUAAAGGUGGGGAAGAGCCGCUAAGGGGAGGGACAGCAGGACGUGGACUCAGGCCUGGAGGGGGAUAGUGGAGGAGGAGGAGGAUGUGAUUCCAGGUGUCCAUUGGGGUUGGGGCAUAAGAAGAGACUGUCACUGCUCCCCACCCCACCACCACACCCUCCUGACCUCUCCAGUGUGUGAAGAAUCGACUGGAGGAGGCAGAGCUGCAGUUUUGUACAGAGCCCAUGGCAGAGGCUAAAGAUGCCAGAUCUUCCCC